AUGGGCUUCCUCUGGCCGCACAAGUACCAGCGCGACAGUGUAGCGCUUUCGUUCCUGGCCGACCUGUUUCGUGUGCUAGCAGUAGUAAAGCCUGUUCGUUCUGCAAAAACAAACCCAACGCAGAAGAAGGCUUCGCCGUGCACAAAGACAUGGAGGCACUUGCGUCGCGCAUCAGGGAGCGAGAUGCCCCCCCGUGGUUUUCCUUCCUAUGGACCCGUGGGGCCGGCCAGAUCUUUAGCGCGCGCGGCAUUCCAUUCUCUCGGGCCCUUAUUUUGCCCGCCAAGCAAGGCGGGCCGUAUUUUGCCGGCCUGCCUGGGCGGGCGCGCCAUGCUCUUCGGGGCUCGCCUGGGGCAAACGUACC